AUUUCUAAAUUCUACAACUUAGAAAAGAUCAAUGCAUCAGACGUGUGAUUCGUGAUUCUGAGUGAAGUCAUGUGAACUUUAUGCAAGCUCUGAGCUGAUGCAGCACAUUCGAUUUUCUACCAGAAAGCUGUCUCUUGCCCCUCGUUGACAACUGCAUUGUUUCUGAAAACUACCUUAUUUAAACACGUUCAGGUGUCUUUCAGAGGCGAAUGUCAGAGGGGAAGAUGCUGUAUGUUGCUGGGAGAUCAGCCGAGGGUGUAGCAAUGAAAGACACAUGGCUCCAGGAGCUGAUGCUAGCGGCCGGUAUGAUCUCCUGUGCCUCUCCAGUACGGGUCCAGACCUGGCUGGAGACAUGAGGCCAGCUUUCAAAGGGGCCAGAGGGCCCAGUCAUCCUAUCCUGGCCCAGGAGCAUAUCAUGAGGGCCAAGAUGACAUUCGAGCGGAUGACCAGGUUUAUGUCAUUCCGGAAUGUCAGGGUCUGGGAGGACCUCCACCAGGAGAUAAGCCAGCGCACGCUCGCUGUCGUCCUGGCGGGGAUUGCGCUUGCUUAUGGACUCUCAUUGACAAGCGCAUCGAUGUGGGCGAACCUCCCAGUUGCGUUUGUCAUUCUCCUCUUACUACGCCGCCUGAGCUUCAACUACGAGAUUCGCUGGAGCCCCGACUACCACCCGGACUGCUGCAUCCACAACCAGUGGCCUGUCGUGCACCAAUUGGCGCCUGAUGGCCCUCUACUUUCCUUUGACCUGCAAAAGCAUCCCAAGCGGUUGGGAAACUGGAAAGUGGGAAUCAACGCACCUGCCGUUGAGGCGGCAGUCGACGCACUGACAAAGGCAAUUGUCAAGGAGUGGGUGACCAAUUUGUGGUACCGGCUUGUGACUCCGGACGAGGACUUUCCCGAAGAACUGCGUCUCCUGCUCAACCGCGCCAUCGCCGAAAUUGCUGUACGCAUCCGCAAGGCCAACCUGGUCAACCUGCUAACCCGCGACCUGGUUAACCUGUUCGGCCACCACCUUGAGCUCUACCGCCGGGCACGCGACCACGUCGGACGCGAUGUUUUGGACAGACUCAGUGCGUCCGAACAGGACGAGCGCCUUCGCCAAGCGAUGCUGCGCUUGGGGGCGUUGCAUGUGGCCUUAACCUCGGCUCCCGCAGAGUACCGUGUGCUGCGGAGACUCAUGGGGGGCGUGGUGACGUCAGCCCUGAGGUCGGACGAGGUGCAAUGCAGGCUCGUGCGCGUGAUAGCGAGAGAGAUCCUGGCGAGUGCGGUCAUGCGGCCGCUCAUGAGCCUAUUCACCCCGGCACUGAUCAACGACUUGAUCUUGUCAAGCAUUCCGGACCCGAAAAAGCCGGCGAAGGAGGGCGAAACGGCGCCCCCCGAGAGCGAGGCGAGCAGCCGAAGGCCGAGCGGGGUACACGAGGAAGGAGGGGUGGCGGAACACAAGCCUGUCCCCCCUCCUGCGCCCUCGUUCGGCGCAGAGGACUUGGCAAAGUUUGAGAAGCGAAAGACGGCACUGGCGGCAGAGCACUGGGAUCAGAUGUGGGUGGGGGCGAAAGGAAAGCGGCAGCGCGCACUGGCGGAAGAACGAGAACGGCGCGCAAGGGAAGCUGCGGCGCUGGGGGGGGUGACGUCGAGUGCAGGGGAGGGGGUCGGGGAGAGGGGGUCGAAGUGGGGGGACAUGAGCCCCCUGGCGAGCAGCACGACUAGUUUGAAUACUUUCGAGGGGGAGGAAGCGUCCCCCCCCGGGAGAGCCGAGUCAGUUCCGGGCGUGGUUUCGGAUCUUCUCUUGGACUCGCAAAGCCCCAGCGAGCCUGUCGUGCCCGGCAUCGGUUGGGAAUCGGACGGCUGGGAGGAUCCUGUUUCUACUCCGACGGCCCCGGGUGCGACAGCAGGAGUCGCAGCAAGUGCGCCGGAGCUUGGUGGCGUGACCCGCGCGUUGGAAGUUAGAGUUUCUAGUGAGCUGGGCGCAGCCUCUAGCCGGUUGCCGAAAAAGGAAACGACAGAUAGAUCUAGUGCUCGGAAGUCGGUCGGGCUAGCAAAACUAGAUGCCAAUUGGAUGGGGCUUGAUGCGCCCCACCGAGAGGGGACCGCAAGUGCCCCGAAAACGCCUCUGCUAUCCACACGGAGUGAGGGGGUGGUUUUUGCAGCCAACCUGCCCCCCCUCUCGACCCGCAGCGAGAACGGGGACCGCACAUGGGAGAAGAGGGGGGCAAGCAGCAGCUGGAACGAGGCCUUGGAGGACCCCCCCGCCAGGCGCCACCGGCGGAGCCUUAGCGGGGGGUUCGAGAGCCUUGCAACCGACGAAGCGUGGGGUGACGUCGACGCUGACGUCAGCAAGGCGCGCCGGCGCGGCAGCUUCGAGGAACCCCCACGGGGGGGGUUGCUGAGGAGGACGUCGAGCGAGCGGCUGUGGGAGGUCGCGGGGGAGAGUGCGCCGGUGUCGCCGGACGCAAGCGGUGUGCUACCGGCAGGGGGGUGGAACCGGGUUCUGGGGAGGGUGGUCGGGGCCAAAAUGGAGGAGAGCGGGGGGAAGGCGUUUGCGGUGUAUACGAUUGCGGUGGCUGACUCGGACAGGAGCUCAUGGCUGGUCCAACGAAGGUACCGCAAUUUCGAGGCGCUGCACCGGCGCCUGAAGGACCUGCCCCAGUACAAGCUGAAGCUGCCCCCCAAGCGCUUCCUAGGGCCCAAUCUAGACGGCAGCUUCGUCCUGGAGCGCCGCGCGCAGCUCGACAAGUACCUGCAGGACCUGCUGGCCGUACCCAGCGUCGCUGAGAGCCACGAAGUGUGGGACUUUCUGAGCGCAGACUCACACGCAUACGGCUACGGGCACUCGUCCUCCAUGAUCAAGACGCUCGCAGGCAACGUGGACGACGUGGUCGACACGAUGUUCCGCCGGCUUAACGAAGUUUCGGACGAGUUACAGGGCGCGCUAACCAAGGGGUUGAAGAAAGCGCCCACGUUAAACGACACGCUCUCGAAGCAGAAAACGCUGCCAAAGCAGCCGGGCCUCGUCGAAGUCGCGAUGGCGGACCAGGCUUACCGGGGGGGCGGGGUAGAUGACGCCUUUGUGGAGGUGCGGGAGUUCGAUGACGGCGCAGGGGGGUACAAUAGGCAGGCGGCCAAGGGGGGAGGUUCGGGAAGGGCGGCAAACAGGGACGGGUUGCUUAGCGUUCAGCCCGACACGCCUGCUUCCGAGGGAGGGGGGACGCGCGACGGGCUAAGAUCGCAAUCGAGCGUUGACAGCGGCUUUUCGGUCGAUUCCGCACAACCACGGCGGGGGGAUGCCCCCGGAAAGAAUGUCCGCAGGGACGCGCCGACGAUCGUGGAAGAGCGGGAGGGAUCGGCCUCAGCCACGGGGGAGGAGUCGGAGGAUGACGAGGAGGGGAUCCCCCUGCCGCAGGAGUGGCACGCGAGCAAGCUGAGCGGGCCGCUGCUGAAUCUGGUGGACAACGUGUUCAAGCUGCAGCAGUACGGCUGGCUGAGAAGACAGGUGGUUUGGAUGGCGCGCCAGAUUCUUGAGAUUGGCCUGGGUGACGCCAUCGAUGACUUCAUCCUGACCCAGAUCCAGUGGAUCCGUCAGCCCGAGGUCGUCGCCGCAGCGGUGGACGGCGUCCGGAGCCUCCUCUGGCCCAGCGGAAUCUGGUUCGCCAACCAACCGGAAUCUGCCACGUGGCAGCAGCCGCCAGUCAAAAAGCCCACGGAUGCACGGCAGCCCGAGGUCGUGCGGCCUGCAAAAGCUGCCGCAGAGCACGUAAGGGCGGCUGCGAAAGAAAGCGAUCCGUCGCGGCAUGUACAUAAGGGGGCGGGGAACGGGCGCGCGGAUGCGGGCGGGGUGAAGACACCAAGUGUAAAUAGCGAGGGGGAGAUCGAGUGGGAUUGGCACCCCCGCCGGCCGCAGCUGAGCUUCGAGGAACGGCUGGAGGCGGCGCGGAAGGCCGCGCUGGUUCGAGAGAUCUUCUUAGACCGGGCCCCCGCUGCCCUUGUCAGCCUCAUAGGGUCCAAACAGUACAAGAAAUGCGCUCGGGACGUGUACAACUUCAUCCAGUCUCCAAUCUGCGUGAAGCAACUGGCUUACGGCGUGUUGGAGCUCCUCAUUGAGGCCACAUUUCCGGAGUUACAAGCCUUGGUCCAAGACGUUAGGACGAACGGAGCCUCAAGAUGAAGUCAAAGGUUGCAAGCUUCCUGGGCCCGAGUACACUCUCAGUAAGCUUGCUAAGUUAGACACGAAAGAAUAUAUUUAGUGUUUUGGUAAUCUGGUAACUGUCGCUUUCGAAUUGUUUCGGCGCUAUUGCAUACCAUUACUGUAGAUUUAAUGUGCUCGCUACAAUAGUGAAUUAUACUUACUCAGCUAGAAAAUUAUUGCUCGAACCGGAGUUUCCUGUUAGACUGGUGUGGCAUACGUCCAAUGCCGCUUAAAUAUCGG